AUGUUUGGCGGCCAUGUAGACUGGAGUCAGGUUCCCAAGAAGCACACAGUCACCUCCAUGUAUCCUCUGCCAACUGGCAAGCCAAAGCAACUACCAAAGAUACAAUACAGUUUCCCUACCGAAUCCAAGUCGGAGAGGUCGCUUCGUGAGGAGCGACAGCACGCUGUCCUCGAUGCUUUCAAACGCGCCUGGCUCGCAUACAAAGAUCAUGCCUGGAUGGCUGAUGAAUUGACUCCCAUCUCUGGUGACAAGAGAAACACCUUCGCAGGAUGGGCCGCAACUUUGGUCGACGCCCUUGACACACUAUGGAUCAUGGGUCUGAAAGACGAGUUCAAUGAAGCUGUAGCGGCAGCAGUCUCCAUCGACUUUGCGUCCACAUCACAGGACGAGAUCAACGUCUUCGAAACAACCAUCCGAUACAUGGGCGGCUUCUUGUCUGCAUACGACCUGAGUGCUGAUGAGAGACUCCUGGUCAAAGCUAAGGAACUCGGUGAAAUGUUGCUCCACGCAUUCGACACUCCAAACCACAUGCCCAUUACUCGCUGGAGAGUCAUGGACGCACGUAGAGGAGCUCCACAAACUGCGGAUCCAGUCACUCUAGUUGCCGAGAUCGGUUCGCUCGUCAUGGAAUUCACUCGACUUUCUCAAAUCACCCGAGAUCCUCGCUGGUUCGAUGCCACUCAUCGUGUCAUGAAGCUUUUCGAGGAGCAGCAGUCCAAAACAAAUGUGCCUGGUAUGUGGCCCAUUCUUGUCAAUGCUCGAGAUAUGGAUCUUACUUGGCAUGACACUUUCACGCUUGGAGCCAUGUCAGACUCUGCAUAUGAGUACCUGCCAAAGAUGCACGCGCUCCUCGGUGGAUUGGAGCCAAUGUACGAGAAUAUGUACAAGGAUGCCAUGACCGCCGCUAUCAGAUAUACGCUCUGGCGGCCUAUGACACCUGACAAUGCAGACAUUCUGAUCGCAGGAAUGGCUCACGUCAAUGGAGAACACAAAGGUGGGCUUGACUUCCAGGGUCAGCAUCUCGUUUGCUUUGCCGGAGGCAUGCUGGCUUUGGGCGGAAAACUCUUCAACGACCAAAACCACCUCGACAUGGGCAGGAAGGUGACGGAUGGUUGCAUCUGGACGUACAAAGCCAUGCCUCUGGGGAUCAUGCCUGAGGUCUUUCACAUGGUUGAGUGUCCUACUAACGAAGCUUGUCAAUGGGAUGAGAAAGCGUGGCACAAGGAGGUUCAGAGAAGAAAAGGUGGUGAUGUCGAUCACUUGGAGGAUAUACAAAAGAUCAUUGCCGAAGAACGUCUUCCACCUGGAUUUUCGAGUCUUGAUGACCGCAGAUACAUUCUGAGACCUGAGGCAAUUGAAAGCGUCUUCAUCUUGUACCGGAUCACUGGGCGCAAGGAUCUACAGGAGACUGCAUGGCAGAUGUUCAACGCGAUUCAGGACAACACCAAGACAGAAUUGGCCAACGGUGCUCUCUCAGACGUUUCGAGAGCUGACGGAAAGGUGACAGUGACGGACAGUAUGGAAAGUUUCUGGUUGGCCGAGACGCUCAAGUACUUCUACCUGAUCUUCAGCGAACCUGGGUUGAUCAGUCUGGAUGAGUAUACCUUCAACACAGAAGCACAUCCGUUCAAGAUUCCAAAGUAA